AUGCGAGGUGCAGGGCUUUGCCGGCGAGCUGUUUUCCGGCGGCCAUCGCUAUCACCGAGCUCACGAAGGCUCGCUCCCUACCAAAGAAUCUCCUGCGCGCGGCUGACUGGGGCGACGACAGCAAAACGUCAGGUCGUUCCCGGUGACUCGCGGGCUUACUGGCGUGGAAUUACUCUCCCGAAAACUGAUGUGGCUCCCGUUGAGGGACGUGGACAGGAAGGGGCGGUGAACGCUUCGGACGGGAACCGGCCGAUUGUUGGACAGGAGGAUGCUGGUGGGAGGUUGGAUGAAGGCUCGCCGAGCGAGCCGAAGCAUAUCCAUAGCGGGACGUCGGCGGAGAAGAAGGGCUCUCAUAAUGUGACUGCAGCCGCAUACCCACCGGAAAGGGCGGACAUUUCGCCGGGGAACCUUAGUCCCAGCCACUCUAACGAAAGCUUGCAAGGAAGUGAGGAAGCCUUGGCCGUCAUGAGGUCAGACGAAGGCUCGUCUAGCAAACCAUCUCAUAGCGUGAGCUCGGCAGACAACAACGUCUUUGACAAUGUGACGGCGGAAGCCACACGGGAAGGCGCGGACACUUCCGCGGCCGACAUCACUGGAAGCUCCUCGAACGAAGCUUUGCUACCCAGUCGGGAAAUUCUACCCGACGACAAAGCCGCAGAGUCAUCAGCUGAAAUCGCGGCUGAUAUCGCGGGAACUGCAGUGAACCAGGUCAGCGUUGGGCCUUCCGAUGCUACCGAAAACGGGGAGUCGAGACAAGAGCUGGUUGGGGGCAGCAAGGACACGUGGGCUGACGAUACCGGCAUGCUCACGUACCCACAGUCGUCUGAGGCCACUGCAACCGUUGCGGACGAAGCCGCCAAAUGUACUACAGGCGAAGCACCCAAGGAAUCGAUCGCAAAAGCUAAUAGCCUCAACCUUUUGAAUCGGUUUCGAUAUGAAUUGAACACCGCUCGGCUCCGUCGUCAUCAUAGUACCGAUCUCUGGUCCAGCUUCCAAGCAUUGAUUCCUGGUAAAGAAUACAAGUUACUUGCAGUUCCCGAGUUCGAAUGGCUGUUGAACAGAAUCAGGCAGGAUCUCGGUUUCAAACAAUUGUCGCUCGCUGAACGAAAGGAGAGCAUGACGGCGGUGUGGAACUGCUACUGCAAAGCACGGUUCAACCCAAACUUACGGCUGUGGAACAAGUUUGCGAAGAUUUUUGCGACAUACGGCAUGGCGGAACACUUGGAAAAAGUCUACACUUACGCAAGCAACAGUGGAAUCACUUUCCCGGAAAUGACUGUACGGAUAAAUUAUAUGCGAUGCCAUGCGAAAAACGGGGAUUUUGAGAAAGCAGCGGAUAUGUUCAGAGAGAUUCGACAGACGCGAUCCUUCGCGGACAUUGAGCAGGCCACCGAUGGAUAUUUCCGGGCGUGUGUUGAUAACCAAAAUGAGGAGGAAAUGUUGCGAGCUCUGGAAGAACUGCGGGAAGGCGCGUUUCCUCUGGAGACCGCUUACUAUCACAUCAUAAGAUUCUUUGCUCUCCGGGACGGAAUCGAAGGAAUGGAAAGAUGGAUCGGCCUAUAUCGCGAGGUUAUGCAGAAACAGCCCGGCCCGAAGAUAACGGACUUUGUGCUACACAUCUAUAAAAGCGCCGGUUUGACUGAAAAGGCAGAGUACUGGGAAGGAGAAGUGCGGAAAACGACCGAGGUGCUCAGCCAGAGGGCAAAUCGCACCUCGCUUGGAGGGGAACGUCUAGCAGGCGCUGUUGACGUCGGACAUGCACGUCCAGACGCUUCCGCUGAUGCUUCCGUACCCGCCCAGGCAGAUGAUCGCUCCUCUUCCGCCGGACAACCUCCAGCAGCAGCUGUUCCUUCUCAUGUCACACAUGCACACCGGUUAGCUGAUGCUUCCGUACCCGGCGAGCCAGAUACUCGCUCUCCAAGUGGCAGACAGCCUGUCGCACCUAGGAAGGAUACCACAAACCCGGGCCCCCAGAGAGUACCCAAAAUCGUAGCCACAAUGUCAGAGAUAAGUGAACUGAAACGCCUCGAAGCCGAAAUCAUGCAAAAACGCGACUUUCUCCUCACAACCACGGAGCUGCGGACGCUUUUCCAAAAAGCUCAUCUCCCGGUUCAUAGGAGUACUUUCACCAUGCUGAUCAAACGGUUCAAAGAUUCCCACAACGGCCAGGCCGCCGAAGCCGUCCUGCGCUGGUACGUCAACAGCGGCUUGCCCGUGGCCGAAGAGCAAGAAUACAGCGCCGUUCUGACGGCUUACAUGCACGCGAACGAUCUGGCGAAUGUGCGACGGUUCUACCAGCUGACGCUGGCGGAGGGCAAGGCUCUUCACCCCGACGUCCAGCUGGGUCUGAUGACCUUGCACAAGGCUGCGGGUAGCCACCGAGAUGCCUUAGAUGUGCUCCGAAAAAGCAGGAUUGCGAAGAUGGACAAAGGACAGGUUGCAGGUACCUACACCUUUCUGCGACGAAAGUAUGGUCCGCAUGACGAUUUCGUGAAGGAGUUUGCCAGGGCUAUGGAGCCGGGGUAUACUCCGCCCGAUUUGGAGCGCUCUGACGAUAUGGGUGUAGCAGGGGUCAGUGAUGCGGUACCAGCCACGAAGGAGCCUACGCAUGCCGCUGGAAACACCGAAGAUGGACGCCAUGACGCGCCGAAGCCGAAAGGGCCGCGGGUGGACCCCAAUGACUAUGUGAUGCGGCUCGGCCAAAGAAAGAGCGCACGGGCAAGAAGGGCGGAGAAGGGGAAGGGACUUGGCGCGUCGUCCCCAUCGCCGUCGACGGACAUCACUGGAAUUUCGAGUGUCUGGCCUCUCGACAGUUUGCAUGAUGAAACUGCAACUCGCCCGGCAGACGUGUCUGCAACAGCGAGUGUAGCCCAGUCUCAUGAGAUUAAGCAUGAUGAGACCGCCACGAGCGCGGCAUCAUCUGACGUGAAUACGGACGGACCUGUGGAUAACGGAUUAGGGUCUGAGUCCACCUCAACACAGCCGCGUCCGCAAGACACGAUCCAGCGGUCGCAAGACGCGGAAACGCAGGAAACACCGUCCGAGGCAGUACCGCAAGACGACACCCUUUCAAACAACCCCACCAAGCAGCGCACCGACCUCCCAGUCGCGGAGUUCCCAGACCCCAUCAGCAGCACAUCCUUCCUCGCUCAAUUCGCGUCCCAGUCAUCAGGCGGAAAGCAGUUGGAAGCCGCGAUUGCACCCUCGAGCCACACUGAUUGGACACAGGCGCAGGAUUUGUCGGAGCAGAGCGUGGAGACGCCGGAACUUGGAAAGAGUGAAAUUGACAGGGUUGGCAAGCUUUGA